AUGUCAGCCACUUGAAAUGGGAUGCACUGUGUUUUAUUUGCGCCUUCACAGCAAGGCACGCUGCUUGGCGUGCGCGGGUAUAAAUUCAUGACGGAAGCCUGAGAAAUAUUUAAUGAAUUUAACAGGUUACUAAUUUAAGGUUUAGACUAACAUAUCUUCCUUUAGUUACUAGAAGCAAGCUUCAGUUUUUUGGGUGGAGAAAAGGACAAGAACAGGUCUCAGGACUACAAUGAACAUUCAGUCUGCCAUCAACAAAGAGGUCUUCAUCCCUCGUGACGAGCGGUUGCUAGUGGCAGUGGAGGUGCGAAGGAGGAAAAGGAAGAGGAUGUCGUUCCUGCCUGCUGGAGCCAAACCAGACUAUGCUACAUUCAUCUGCAUUUCAGUGACCAACACGAGGCCACAUCAGCUCCUCAUUACAAAGGUGAAGCAAUUUGGUGGCUCCUCCUCCUUCACCAGGAGGUCCCAGUGGACGGUGGAGCAGCUCCGACAGGUCAACGGCAUCAACCCAAACAAGGACAGCCCAGAGUUUGACCUGGUGUUUUACAAUGCUGUGGAUCAAUGGGUGGCAAGCUCGUCAGCAGAAAAGUGUAUCUUUGUCCAGAUCCUGUACCAUGCCUGUCAGACCUACUGGGAGGGGAAAGCAGGGAGUCUGGGAAAGGCUGUGAAGCUGGCCAAGGUGGGUCACCAGAAGAUAGCAUCAAGUCAGCGCACUGUGCACGAGGGUGGAGCUAGUCCCAGUGACUCUCCACCAAAAUCUGCAUCCAGAACCCUGCAGGCCCGACGGAAGAGCUACGUUCCUUCCAGACAGACAGAGUUCAUCAACUGCCAGUCCAAACUCACAGGAGAUGCCUGCACCAUGAAUCUGGUCAUUUACCGUUGCAAAGCCUUCUUUAAUCGUAUGAAGAAUAAGAUGGUUGCAAACCAAAGUUGCUCACCAGGUCGAGGUCAGCCUGGGCAGCGAGUUACAGGUAGCACUAUGGGUAAUGUAGUCCAGAGGGUGAAUGUGGCUCUGGGGGAGCGUGGAGAAAGACUGACUCAAGCUGAGGACAAGACUGUGGAGCUGAUGCACAAAGCCCAGCAGUUUGCAGACACUGCUCACAAGCUGGCCUUGAAGUAUUCAAAGUAGAGUCUAACUCUACAUGAAAGCCUGUCUGCGAGAAACCAACUGGAAAAGCCUUUGGACUGUCACUAAACUGCUUCUUCUAUAAUUGCGCGCAGCACAGAGAACUAAAUCCCCUGUCCCAAGUUGAAUCUUUGCUUUCCCUGUUCUGUCAUCGUCACUCUGUUCAGUUUGAAUGUUUUGCCUGCUGAUGAAUCUCCUAUCCUUCAUGACAAGAAGCAGGGUGUGUAGAUUUAAGCUGCAGUUACUUAACUUUGUUCUUUGUAAACUUAAUUAUAAACAUUUAUUUUGAUGCCAGUGAAAGUCACUGCAUUGUUAUUAUCCAGCACUUACUACAUUAUUUGAAAUACACCUUCCUAAGCUGAGAUCUGUUGUUUGGACCUAACUGUAUAACUGCACUAAAUGUUUGAUUUGAUACUAUUCUGUAUUUCGUUCAUCAUUCUGUGUUCCUGAUGUGUUUCUGCGUAUGUGUGCAGUGUGAUGUUCAUAUUGAUGUGUCCUGAACACUCAUCAAACUGUCACUUUAUUGUGUCUGCUGCACCAUGUCCUCUGCUCUGUGUAUGUCACGGUGGUUUUCAAAUUUGUCGAGCUCUUGUCUUUGAGAGUUGAGUGAAGGUGGAUCAGGUGGUUCAGGUAAGUUGGAGUGUUUUUCAGAAAUGAGUUCCAUAGUGAGCAAUGUGAGUGAAGCUGGUCUGUGUAAGCCGGUCAGGGUGACUUUAGAAGGUGGAAAUGUUGAAACCCCUCAUGUUUGCAUCACUUCUUCCAGUAAUUUAGUGUUCCUGUAAGCUUAACCCAGUUUGGACUGGACUGCUUUGAUACAUUACGGGAAUCAAGGGAAUUCAUUCUAACUAAACUUUUGGUUACAGUUGUAUGUGAUGUAGAUGUCUCUGAUGUAUUAACUUAGUGAUAACGCUCCCACUCUUCUCUUUGAACCAAUUAAAUAAACCUGGACCUUUAUGUUGA